GGGCGCUAUCGGGUGGGGCCCAUGUGGCUCUGGAAGGCCCUGCUGGUGUUCGUGGCCAUCGCCUUCGCAGGACAGUUACUGGGGGUCAUCUUCAACAAAAGCCUCCAGCAGGACAGGUCGCGGUCGCUGUUCUCAUCCGACGGCCAGGGCCCGCCUCUGGGCUCCUGUCGGCCCCACAGCCACGUCAUGUUCCUGAAGACCCACAAGACAGCCAGCAGCACUGUUCUCAACAUGCUUUACCGAUACGGAGAGGAGAGAGAUCUGUUCUUCGCCUUGCCUCUGGGGUACCAGUUUGGCUACCCCCUCCCCUUCAACGCACACAGGGUCAAAGGUUAUAGAGGGCCCCACGUGGCCGAGUUCAGCAUUAUGGGAAACCACAUGCGCUUCAACAAACCAGAGGUAGAGAAGGUGAUGCCAGUGGACACCUUUUACUUCUCUAUCAUGCGUGACCCCGUAGCGCUGGCCGAGUCGUCCUAUGCCUAUUACAAAGCUGUCGCCCCCGCCUUCAAGAAGGCCAAAGGCCUGGGAGACUUCGCCGACAACCCCAGGAAGUACUACGACCCCCGUCUCCGUAACAACCACUACGCCCGCAACCUGCUCUGGUUCGACUUUGGCCUGGACCACAACGCCAACUUCUCGACCAUACUGGCCCGAAGAGGCGAGGCGGCCGUCCGACGCGCCUUCAAACUCAUCCUGGUCUCUGAGCACUUUGACCAAUCCAUGGUCCUGCUGCGCCACGCCCUCUGCUGGCCGCUGGACGCCAUCGUCUCCUUCAGUCUCAACGCCCGCCAGCAGAAGCCCAGCGGAGGCAGCUCCUGGGUGGGUAAAGUGGCUGCUGCGCAGCCCCCCGCCCUGGCUCUAACAGACGACCAACGUCUAAAGCUCCGCGAGUGGAACGCCCUGGACUGGCACCUCUACCAGGCCUUCAACCGCUCCUUCUGGAACGAGGUGGAUCGCUUCGGGAGAAUUAGGAUGGACCAGGAGGUCGCUCUUCUCCGUACCCGCCGGGAUGUGCUGGCCCGGGCCUGCCUGAGGGACGGCGGGAGACCUGUGGAGGCCAGCCGCAUCCGCGACAAGACCAUCAGGCCCUUCCAGAGCGGCUUGGUGAAGAUCCUGGGAUAUGAGCUCCAGCCUGGGCUGGACAACGCUACUCAUCAGUCCUGUCUGAGGAUGAUCAGGCCAGAGAUCCAGUAUAAGGACCUGCUGGAUGCCAGGCAGUUCCCCAGGGCUGCUCCCCAGGCUGCCCAAGCCCAGGCCCCGGCUAUCCCUGCUGGGGGAGCCUACUUGAGGAAAGACCCUUCUUCCCAACUCAGGACAGGAGAGCUGGGGGUGGGGGAAGGACGAGGGGGGACGGGGGAGGACAGGAGUCGGUUAUCUCAUAGUAAUAAUAAUAAUAAUAACCAGACAUUGCUACGAGGAGGAGGGAAAGGGAAGAUAAAAUAGUUUUCCGUCCAGAAUUCACUGCCUUGAGAGAAUGGAUAAGACAGAACGCUGACUGAGCCUGUGUACUCUUACUCAUGCACUCGUUGAGUAUUCUAUUACUAAAGUACUCAAGAGACUUGUUGGAAAUAAAUACCCAUUCUCCCUCCAACCCACCUCUACUGUACAUUCUCUUCUGGCUGAACUUUGGACUGGUUAUGACUCUAUUUCGUGUUCAUACGGCAUUUAUGAUUGCUGUGGAUGUGUUUUAAUGGGACUUGAAAUGGAAUUGCAUUGCAUUCAGUGGGCCAGAUGUCGUUCAAAAAUUCUGCUUCUCUGAUCGAGAAAGAAAGUUCGAUUUGGUGGUCCAACUGCUACGUUCAACAUACAGUGAGGGAAAAAAGUAUUUGAUCCCCUGCUGAUUUUGUACGUUUGCCCACUGACAAAGAAAUGACCCGUCUAUAAUUUUAAUGGUAGGUUUAUUUGAACAGUGAAAGACAGAAUAACAACAACAAAAUCCAGAAAAACGCAUGUCAAAAAUGUUAUAAAUUGAUUUGCAUUUUAAUGAGGGAAAUAAGUAUUUGACCCAUCUGCAAAACAUGACUUAGUACUUGGUGGCAAAACCCUUGUUGGCAAUCACAGAGGUCAGACGUUUCUUGUAGUUGGCCCCCAGGUUUGCACACAUCUCAGGAGGGAUUUUGUCCCACUCCUCUUUGCAUCUUCUCCAAGUCAUUAAGGUUUCGAGGCUGACGUUUGGCAACUCGAACCUUCAUCUCCCUCCACAGAUUUUCUAUGGAAUUAAGGCCUGGAGACUGGCUAGGCCACUCCAGGACCUUAAUGUGCUUCUUCUUGAGCCACUCCUUUGUUGCCUUGGCCGUGUGUUUUGGGUCAUCGUCAUGUUGGAAUAUCCAUCCACGACCCAUUUUCAAUGCUCUGGCUGAGGGAAGGAGGUUCUCACCCAAGAUUUGACGGUACAUGGCUCCGUCCAUCGUCCCUUUGAUGCGGUGAAGUUGUCCUGUCCCUUUAGCAGAAAAACACCCCCAAAGCAUAAUUUUUCCACCUCCAUGUUUGACGGUGGGGAUGGUGUUCUUGGGGUCAUAGGCAGCAUUCCUUCUCCUCCAAACACGGUGAGUUGAGUUGAUGCCAAAGAGCUCCAUUUUGGUCUCAUCUGACCACAACACUUUCACCCAGUUGUCCUCUGAAUCAUUCAGACGGGCAUGUAUAUGUGCUUUCUUGAGCAGGGGGACCUUGUGGGCGCUGCAGGAUUUCAGUCCUUCACGGCGUAGUGUGUUACCAAUUGUUUUCUUGGUGACUAUGGUCCCAGCUGCCUUGAGAUCAUUGACAAGAUCCUCCCGUGUAGUUCUGGGCUGAUUCCUCACCGUUCUCAUGAUCAUUGCAACUCCACGAGGUGAGAUCUUGCAUGGAGCCCCAGGCCGAGGGAGAUUGACAGUUAUUUUGUGUUUCUUCCAUUUGCGAAUAAUCGCACCAACUGUUGUCACCUUCUCACCAAGCUGCUUGGCGAUGGUCUUGUAGCCCAUUCCAGCCUUGUGUAGGUCUACAAUCGUGUCCCUGACAUCCUUGGAGAGCUCUUUGGUCUUUGCCAUGGAGAGUUUGGGAUCUGAUUGAUUGAUUGAUUCUGUGGACAGGUGUCUUUUAUACAGGUAACAAACUGAGAUUAGGAGCACUCCUUGUGUGCUCCUAAUCUCAGCUUGUUACCUGUAUAAAAGACACCUGGGAGCCAGAAAUCUUUCUAAUUGAGAGGGGGUCAAAUACUUAUUUCCUUCAUUAAAAUGCAAAUCAAUUUAUAACAUUUUUGACAUGUGUUUUUCUGGAUUUUUUUGUUGUUAUUCUGUCUCUCACUGUUCAAAUAAACCUACCAUUGAAAUUAUAGACGGAUCAUUUCUUUGUCAGUGGGCAAACGUACAAAAUCAGCAGGGGAUCAAAUACUUUCCCCCUCACUGUCGUCUCCUGCACGAUCAAAAACUCAGCCUGUCAGUUUUAGUUUUUUGAAAAAUAACUAGGCUAUUACCUUUCUUGAACGCUAACACAGACAGCAUAUAUGAUAUGACAGCAGCCAGGCAGCCAGCCAUAGCCACAUACUGGGAGAGGAAUGAUUCCCACCUGAUGUGAGUUGCAUGUUCUGACUGGAAUCCAUCGCUUUGAACACAGUGUGUCCGGAGUAAAAAAUGUAGUCCAUUAUGGCUGGAAUGCAACGAAAGCAUCAAUAUCAAACACAUGAUACUGUUCUAUUCAUUCCAUUCCAGCUAUUACAAUGAGCCUGUCCUCCAAUUUAAAGCGACACCAGCCUCCACUGAUACGAAGCCAGCAUUGGAGAGCAGUGAGUCUCAGAAUAGGCUUAACUGUGAUGUCUCCAAGGUGGGACUUAGGAGCGAAAACUCUUAAGUUAACACAUGGUACUUUGAUAAGGACCGAAGUGUACAGCAGUAAUGUACUGUAUCUGAACUGAAGCACUGUGGUUGAAUGGAUAGCUAGCAUGUCUGACUUUGAACCUUUUUAGUGUGGCUUUCAAUAGAUAUAGUAAUAUUGGAUACACAGUAUUUCCCUGACUCAAUGCGGGUGUUAAAUGCGAGCUACACAGCAAAUGGGCCAGUGUUCCCGAGUGUUGAUUUUUCAGUGUAACAUUUCUAGUGUUGAUUCCGGUGUUAAAUUAAAACUAUUUGGUGUAAUUGAACCCCAGUGUUGGUGUUAAUAACCGGUAUUAAACUAAAACAACGUCCAUUAUUAUCAUAUUUCUGAUAUCUUUGUCUUCCCAACCCGGCAGUCAUUCUCAAUGCAGGUUGCAGGUCAAUAAGAAUUUAAAAUGUUGCAUAUACCCAGUCUGUCUGGAUUCCAAUAGGAAUUACUCAUCACUUUGCAAGCCGUCAUCUUAAUGUGACUUGCAGGCCUGAAAACCACGAGUUUCAGGCCACUGUAUUGGGCUAAAACAAGGCCCUCAAAAUAAAGCCUUAUUAAAAACUUGUUGUAUUGUGUUAAAUAAUACAAUUUUAAUCUUCACAUUUUCGCUAUGGAUCUCACUAAAUGGAUGAAUGCAACAACCAUGUCUCUGUCACAAACAAUUACAGUUAUAGGCAAGGUACUCUGGGAAAUAUGGAAAUAAGGCUGUACACUAAGCAGUGUGCUAAUUUAACACUGAAAAGUGUGGACCCGCAUAGACACUGGACCAGUGGCCUCACAUUAAUUAGUGGAUUUGAGGGUUAUGCUAUCAUUCAAAUGAAAGCCAACCUCAAUGUGAGGUGGUGAUUCACUGAAAUUGUCCAGUCCAAAUAGUGCUGUUUACUUUUCCUUAUUGGCCAAUGGCCAUCUACCGAAAUAAACGUUAUCAAUAAAGUUGAUAAAUGGCUGUGAAAAGUUGCCAUCUAUCGACAUAUAUGUAGUAUACCCAUGUUCAUUGAGGUUUGUCUGUUAGAAAAGCACAGACAGUACAUGUCUCUGCGGUUGUUGUCCCACUUCCAUUGAUUUCAAAACAAUAUCGAUGUGAGCGAUUAAUUUGCGCUUGAUAUUGAGUACAGUAAAACAAGCUAAUCAAUUCCAAUCUUGAGAACAAGAUUUUGGACAUCAAAAACCAGUUUGGCCAUGAGUCAAAAAGCCAUGACAACAGGAAGCAGCAACAGUAUAAUUUUAAAUGUAUGUUUUAGGAAUAUAAAUGGUACUUUUAACAUUAUUUUUCAGGAUUAUACAUUGUCAGGUAAAAGCAAUUAAAUGAGCCCAAAAACAUGCUAUGAUUUAUUGAUUUUGAUGAUAUUAGUGGAAUUGUGAAUACAUAUACUAAAUACAUAUACUGUACAUCAUGUGUGUACAUACAUUGGCGUGCAAAAAUAUGGCCUUUUUCCUAUUUUGUUGCCUUACAACCUGUAAUGAAAAUAGAUUUUGGGGGGGUUGUAUCAUUUCAUUUACACAACAUGCCGACCACUUUGAAGAUGCAAAAUAUUUUUUAUUGUGAAACAAACAAGAAAUAAGACAAACAAAUGAAUAUUUGAGCGUGCAUAACUAUUCACCCACCCCAAAGUCAAUACUUUGUAGAGACACCUUUUGCAGCAAUUACUGAUGCAAGUCUCUUGGGGUAUGUCUCCUUAAGCUCUGCACAUCUAGCCACUGGGAUUUUUGCCCAUUCUUCAAGGCAAAACUGCUCCAGCUCCUUCAAGUUAGAUGGGUUCCGCUGGUUUACAGCAAUCUUUAAGUCACUUCACAGAUUCUCAAUUGGAUUGAGGUCAGGGCUUUGACUAGGCCAUUCCAAGACAUUUAAAUGUUUCCCCUUAAACCACUUGAGUGUUGCCUCAGCAGUAUGUUUAGGGUCAUUGUCCUGCUGGUAGGUGAACCUCCGUCCCAGUCUCAAAUCUCUGGAAGACUGAAACAAGUAUCCCUCAAGAAUUUCCCUUUAUUUAGCGCCAUCCAUUAUUCCUUUAAUUCUAACCAGUUUCCCAGUCCCUGCCGAUGAAAAACAUCCCCACAGCAUGAUGCUGUGAUGAUGCUACCACCACCAUGCUUCACUGUGGGGAUGCUGUUAUCGGGAUGAUGAGAGGUGUUGAGUUUGCACCAGACAUAGUGUUUUCCUUGAUGGUCAAAAAGCUCAAUUUUAGUCUCAUCUGACCAGAGUACUUUCUUCCAUAUGUUUGGGGAGUCUCCCACAUGCCUUUUGGCGAACACCAAACGUGUUUACUUAUUUUUUUCUUUAAGCAAUAGCUUUUUUUCUGGACACUCUUUUCUGUAAAGCCCAGCUCCGUGGAGUGUAUGCCUUAAAGGUGUCCAAUGGACAGAUACUCCAAUCUCCACUGUGGACCUUUGCAGCUCAUUCAGAGUUAUCUUUGGUCUCUUUGUUGCCUGUCUGAUUAAUGCCCUCCUUGCCUGGUCUGUGAGUUUUGGAGGGUGGCCCUCUCUUGACAGGUUUGUUAUGGUGCCAUAUUCUUUCAAUUUUUUAAAUAAUUGAUUUAAUGGUGCUCAGUGGGAUCUUCAAAGUUUCUGAUAUUUUUUAAUAACCAAACCCUGAUCUGUACUUCUCCACAACUUUGUCCCUGACCUGUUUGGAGAGCUCCUUGGUCUUCAUGGUGCCGCUUGGUUGGUGGUGCCCCUUGCUUAGUGGUGUUGCAGACUCUGGGGCCAUUCAGAACAGGUGUAUAUAUACUAUUUUGUGUAUGUCCAUUACAUGAAAUCCAAAUAAAAAUCUAUUUAAAUUACAGGUUGUAAUGCAACAAAAUAGGAAAAACACCAAGGAGGAUGAAUACUUUUGCAAGGCACUGUACAUAUACAGUACAUUUAACACACAGAUACUUGCGCUCGCACACACGCACACACUGUACUCCGUCAUGCUUGACAGCUUAAGUGUGAGUCAUGGAAGCUCAUUGAAAGGCACUCUCACAGGUCCCAGUGGUCCAGCCAGCCAGGCAGCGCAAGUGGUGUCAGGUGACCAUGGAGCGCAUAUAAAGUUACGUCAUAUGCUGGUGUGGAAAUGAAUGGUAGCCCGGGCCAUAUGUAUCAAGCGUCUCAAAGUGUUUUAUCAUUUAGAUCAUACUUAAUCAGAUCAUUGUGGACAGGGAGGACCUGAUCCUAGAUCAGCAUUCCUACUCUGAGACUAGAUAAAUACGGGCCCAGAUCUGUCUCUGCUAUCUAGCCAGUCCUAUGUUCGUAACUCACAAACAUAGGAGUUGGCUGUACAGCACAAAUUGAUCUGGGACCAGGCAAUAGCAAUGCCUCUAAGUACCAGGAUGUCAAUAUUGAUUAAAUAUAAUAAUCAAUAAUCAGUAUAAAACGUGUACACAAAGGUACAAAUGUCUUUGGCAGAACAAGCUGUGAUUUUUGUAGAGAAUCUGUGACUGUCUGGAAAUUUCUAAGUAAUCUUUUAAACAAUAUCGGUGGUGUCUAUGGCUAACAACAUGUAUGAUCAAAAUAGGCCCAUGUUCAGUAGAAAACUGAAGAAAUUGUCUUGAAAUGGAGGAGGCACUACCAGAACUUGUCCAAUGAAAACACAAAUUUCCGUUUCAAAAUGUUUUCUGUUUUCAUGCCCAGGGAAUAACUGAAAUAUGUUUUAAAAUGUAUUUUAACUGUUUGAUUCAAAACGUGCAUAGAAUGUGGAAGUUAAAACAACUGCUAUCUCUUUCACUGUCUAUCUAUCUGCAUUUUCUAUGUUUUACAUCCUUAUGAACUACAGUUAUGGCGUGUGUAUUAACCUAGAGCCCAUUUCGCUGCCUCCAUGUUUGUUUAUUUUUUGUAGUUUUUGAAUGUCUUGAUCAAGAGUCACAGAGAUGGAGGUUUUAACAGAAAAAGAAGAUGUUGAUUGUUCAAGAACAUGUAAUCAUUUUUAACAUGUUACAAAAUCCAUUACAAACUCAAUUAAAUGUACCAUCCAGGAACAACAACCAUUUCACAAACAAACAAACACUAAUAAAACAGCUAUUUCUUGCCUUAGAAAACAGUACAUUUCGGAAAAAGGGCUUUAAAACGAUAGCUUGCUGUAUUUAUCGUUACUUAAAAAAAAUAUUGUUGUAUAUAUUGUAUUUAUUUUAAGGUACAUAGUGUUAAAAAAAUUGACUGGAAUUCACUGUUUGUUCAUUUUUUGUUUUCAAAACAGAGAGCCAACGGAAACAUACACACAUUGAUACACCAUUUAAUUAUGUUGAUUAUCCCAAUUAUUAUUAUAAUAUUAACAAUAUUACACAUUAAUACAAAAACACAAAACAUUUAUGGUACUUGACCCAAGUUACUACAAGUUUAUGAAAUAUUUAUGCAUUAAAAGAAUGGCAGGAAUGCAACUACACACACACACAGUGGUGGAAAAAGUACUCAAUUGUCAUAGUUGAAUAAAAGUAAAGAUACCUUAAUCGAAAAUAAAAGUGAAAGUCACCCAAUAAAAUACUACUUAACUAAAAGUCUAAAAGUAUUUGGUUUUUAAAUAUAAAUACAAAAGUAAAUGUAAUUGCUAAAAUAUACAGUACCAGUCAAACGUUUGCACACACCUACUCAUUCAAGGGUUUAUC